UGAGAAGAUUAGCACGGCCGGGGAAAAUCCGUUCGCCCGCUCCAAUCUGGUGGUACUGGUGGCGGAUGCCGACCGGAGGGCAUCCGAGGGGAGCGGAUGCGAUCCGCCGACGAUAAGCCCUGAUAAAAGCCGGUGGGCAGAAGCAGAGAGCAGCAACAGCAGCGCAAAGAAAGGCAAUCCAUUCAUUCAUUCAGCGGCAGCUUGAGUUUCCUUCUUGCACAGUUUAUCAAAAAUACUACAUCACAUCAUGCUCCGCUUAGACGGCAAAGUUGUCCUGAUCACCGGCCUGGGCCAAACCACCGAGGAAGGCUGGGGCAUCGGGGCGGCCAUCGCCGCCAAACUGGCCCAGCAGGGUGCCCUCAUCUACGGCGGAAACCGACCGCUCGCAUCCGCCCAACGCACCAAGUCCCGCAUCGAGGAGGCAGGCGGCGUCUGCGACGUCCAGGAGACCAACGUCACCGACUCAGCCUCCGUACAAGCGCUGGUCGACGCGUGCAUGCGCAAGCACGGUCGCAUCGACAUCCUCGUCAACAACGUCGGCAAAUCCGAGCCGGGGUGUCCGGCCACCAUGGCCGAAGACGUUUGGGACGCGCAGGUGGACCUGAACCUCAAGAGCAUCUAUUUGACCUGUCACCAUGUCUUGCCGAUCAUGGAGAAGCAAGCGACCGGAGGAUCGAUUGUUAAUGUGUCGAGCAUUGCGGGGCUGCGGUACAUCGGCAAGCCGCAGGUCGCGUACUCGGCCACCAAGGCGGCGAUCAUGCAGUUCACGAAGGCGACGGCGGUCAUCUAUGCGGACAAGAACGUGCGGUUGAACACGGUGGUGCCGGGGCUGAUCUAUACCCCGUACACGCAGCAACUGGCGAAGAGGUAUGCGCCCGGCGGGGACGAGGAGGAGUACAUGCGCAAGCGAGACGCACAGGUGCCCAUGGGUCGCAUGGGCGAUGCCUGGGAUGUAGCCAAUGCGGCGGUCUUUCUUGUCUCGGAUGAAGCCAGGUAUAUCACGGGGCAGGAAUUGGUGGUAGAUGGAGGUAUCACUUCGUCCACGGGGCGAGUGUGAGGUUUGACCUGGCGCGGGUUCUGAUGUAAAAUAAAUCUUGUAGUGGCGAAGGAUAAAUUAUUCAUUGCUGGCUUGAAGUUGUCUGCAGUCAACUGGCUGCAGAAUGCAUGCAGUGCUUAAGUGACGACAUAUAAUUUAGACGUCGAAGAUCUCCU